AUGCAGGAAUAUACAGACGUGAGUAUGGACUCUGAUGAAUUAUUAGACGACGAUCGUUUUAAUGACGAAACAUUCGAUGUUGACAAUAUUGGUGAUGAUUGGGUACCUUCAAUAACUCUUGAACAUUUGGAAGAUAAAGAAUGCAGGUAUAAAGCUUGUAAAACUGCAAAUGAAAGCAAGAACUCUGGUAAUACCAAGCUUUUAACUUUAGAGGAGCUAGAAAAAUCUAUGCAAGAUCAACUGAAAAUAAAUGAAGUACAUUUAGGACCUUGUGUAUAUGAAGGGGAAAUUCAGGAUUUAACUGUAUCAAAUUCUUAUGGCAAGCAGCCUAUUUCCGAUAGACUAUCUCACCGAAGAGAUCGUCAUAAUAAUAAUAAUUGUAAGGGACGUAUAGAUAAUCGGAAUUCAUUUAAAGGAUAUAGAGGCAAUAGGAAAGAUAAUAUUGAAAGUGUAGAAAGUGAUACUACAUUACCUCAAAUUCCAUUUACAAAAUAUAUUGCUCCUUUAACUAAGGAUCAUAUAAGGUAUAUCAUUCAGGGAAAAUUGGAAAAUCCUCCUAAUUGGAGUUUUCCUAAAGAUAAACUAGAUUUAUUGAAUCAUAAUAACUUGAUGACAUCAAGAGAUUUUGAUUUAAUUUUGAGGAUACAGCUACAACAAAUGGCCGAAAGACCUGAAAUACAAUCAUAUUCUUCCAAAUGGAACCAUAGAUUAUUAGCUCGUAAGCAUAAUGCAAAAAAGAAUAUUAAAGGUGAAGGUAAUAUAUCUGGUACCAUCAUAGAUGAUACCGGUUUAGAUAUAUUGAGGGAUUCAUUAGAUGUUAGUGAUACAGCUCUAACAGAUUUGAAUGUUGGGAAGAUGAAAAAAUUUGGUAAGACAUCAUACUCCAGUAUUCGUGGAGCAAGAGAGCUUAUUCGUGUUCAGAAUAUAUCUAAAGAGUCUGAGAAUAAUGAACUAUAUGAUGAAACAAAUAAUUCUCAUGAAGGAAGUGAAAAUUUAAGGAUCUGCAGCUAUAAUCAAUAUGCUACAUUAUAUAAAUUAGUUUGUGAUGUUUUAUAUGGCUCUGCUUUUGAUACUCAGGAUGGGCCCAUAUCUAAAAAAGAGAUACCCCCAAUUUAUAUGCCAGGACCUCUUGUUAACUCAAUUAUAGAAACAGCAAAUGAUUUGUUGCAAGAUAUUAGAUAUAUUGACAAUGAAAUUGAAAACUGUCCACCUGGACAUGUACAAGCAAGACUUAGAUUGGAUCAAGAAUUGCGAGAUACAAUUAGUGCUAUCUUUCAACUUAUAUUUGGUAUAAAGAAAACCAACUUAGUAGGUUAUAGAGAUUCGAAUGCAUUUCCUAACUUAUCAAAUAGUAUAUAUUCUGAAACUACAGAUGGAGUAUUUGAGGGUCAAAUAGCGUCUCUUGAAUCUCGUCGUUGGCUAAUGCGAAAGAUUCUUUCAUCAAGGAAGGGACGAAACUUUCUUUUGAGAUUAUUUCAUAUGCCCCAUCUAACUGAUACAUAUUUAACAAACUUGUUGGAAUCAAUUAUUGCUAGUAAUGACAUGAUAAUAAGCAUCUUUAGAGCAUCUACUGUGGUUCUACCCCCAUUAAUAGCCUUAGUGCCAAGAGUAUUUAGAUAUAAGCAUGGCCAAGACCUAUUAUCACCUUACCAAACUAUAAACUAUACUGGUAAUACUACUGAAGCAAUAUCAAAUUGGCUUAAAAAUAAUUCAACACUCGAUGAUGUAAUGGAAGAUGGUGAAAUAAGGAAGAGUAUUCUUUCUGAUUUACUUACUAAAGCUAAAUUAGGAACUAAGAUUUUGGAAACUACUGCCUUGCUUUCUAAUAGGAUACAUCAACCCAAUAUAUUUAGAGAGUCGACUUUAAUUCCAAGUGUUCUGGCUUUAAUUACUUACUAUACACCAUAUUAUAUAGAAGAGUUGUUGGCUACAUCCCCUGGUGUAGUUAUUUGCGCUUUGCUCUAUAAUUCAAUAUCAAAUUUGUCAAAACAAACAGAGAAUCUCAAAAUACUUACUAAACUUUUGGUAACAUCUUUUACACACUAUCUUGUCGACAAGAAUCCUACAGAUGGCAGUAUAAAGAAGCCCUUAAAGUUACUACCAGAAGCUCUACGUGAUUCGGAACCAGUAGUUUUAUGUGUUCUACAAAAAUCUACUAGUGAUGUAUCACUCCGUACUGUUCUUAUGAAUAGCAUUAGUAAUGUAGUAGGUGAUGAAUUUACUGACACAUUUAUUAGCGAGUUACAAGAACUUAUUGUUCGUAAUAUAUCAACUUAG